AUGGCGUACCCGGCCACCGCUGAAAUGUCCUCCGGGACUCAGUCAUUCCAGCCAUCGACUAAUGGCUAUGGACACAUGUCAUCUUCGGAACCAGCGAGCGACCGAGAAAACGUUGUUCUGACUGACGGCGACGCUGACGGCGACAUGUUUGAUGUCUCCGAUGCCAGCGUUAACGAUAGUGAGGGCCCUGGAGAAAAUAUUCAUAUUGCGCCUUUGGAAAGGGGGAACUCAAGCGACGAUGAGUCGGACCUCGAGAGCAAUGGCCAGAACAACCACUCCAUUUCGUCGUCGUCCCCAGGCUCUGGCCUUGGAAUUAAACACAAGUCACCAAAGGUGGACGAGGUCCAAUAUAUGCGGCAGAACCCAGAGCUGUAUGGGCUGCGUAGGAGUGGCCGGCCUCGUACUGAACUUCGCCAGACCCUCGCCGAUUCCGAUGACGACGACGAACCUAAAGGCCCACGUUCCAAGCGCCGACGCAUCAAUAAUUCGCAACCAGUCUCGAAGGGUCCCUCUCGAUCGGUUACCAGGUCAUCUCUAACCGACUCGGACUCGGAUGAGUAUGGUGCCUCUCACGCCCGCACAUCCCGACGUCGUCAAACCCAGCCAUCUAUUUCUCAUCAACCUCUCGAGGUACGCUUCUCCAGUAGAAAUGCUACAAGAGUUGCCAAUUACAACGAAGAUUCCGAUGAUAUGUUUGAGGACGAAGCUGAGGGCUGGACGGUGAAUGAUGCCGCUACUCUUCACCAGAGCAGUGGCCCUGGCAUUGAUUGCGUUCUUAACCAUCGUCUCAAUGACGGUGUCGAUUCGGAUAUCGCCUACGACGUUGUUCGAAUAAGCGACUGCAUGUAUUACAUAAAGUGGCAAGAUCGGUCACAUUACCAUGCAACUUGGGAAACCAGUGACAAUCUACGAGGGUUCAGUGGCUUCCGCAGGUUAGAGAAUUAUUUCAAGAACAAGCUAAAGACUGAUCUUUAUUUGAACAACGACCCUGACGUCGCACCUGAAGAUAAAGAAAAGUGGAACCUCGAUCGUGAGCGCGAGGUUGAAUCAUUAGAGGAUUACCGAAAAGUUGACCGUAUUAUUGGUCAUCGCGAAGGGAUUGACGGUGAUGAGUACUACGUCAAGUGGAAACGCUUGAAUUACGACACGUGUACUUGGGAAAGCGAUACGCUUAUUAAAGAAAUUGCCCUGGAUGAGCUUGACAAGUUUUUAGACCGCAACGACAAAGUUGUUAGUUGCGUUAAAGACGAGAAAGCCUCACACAUAACGAUUACGGGCUCACCAACCUUUCUGAAAAAUGGAGAAUUGAAAGACUUUCAAAUCACGGGCCUCAACUUCUUGGCUUACAACUGGGCUCGCAGGCAAAACGUAGUGCUCGCCGACGAAAUGGGUCUUGGAAAGACCGUCCAGACCAUUGCGUUCAUCAAUUGGCUUCGUCAUAUUCGUGGGCAAGAUGGCCCAUUCAUUGUCGUCGUUCCCCUUUCAACCAUACCUUCUUGGUCAGAGACAUUUGAAAAUUGGACACCGGAUGUGAACUACGUCGUCUACAGUGGUUCGAGCACGGCCCGCGCAAUUCUCAAGGACUAUGAACUAUUAAAGGACGGAAAUCCUCGGAAGCCCAAGUUCAACGUCAUGCUAACAACAUAUGAAUAUGCCAACAUGGACUUUGAAUUUCUUCGCCAGAUACCCUGGCAGUUCAUGGCUGUAGACGAAGCUCACCGUCUGAAGAACAGAGAGUCUAACCUCUAUGCAAAUCUCCUGGCCCUUAAAUGUCCGGCUCGACUCCUCAUAACGGGUACUCCGAUUCAGAAUAACCUUGCCGAGCUCUCGGCUUUGAUGGAUUUCCUCAAUCCAGGACUGGUCGAAGUCGAGGUCGACAUGGAUUUGAAUUCUGAAGCCGCAUCAGAAAAGCUUGCCAACCUUCAACGGACUCUAAAACCGCUCAUGCUCCGCCGAACAAAGGACAAAGUAGAAAGAGACCUGCCGCCAAAAACCGAAAAGAUCAUUCGCGUUGAACUGUCCGAUAUCCAACUCGAAUAUUACAAAAACAUCCUGACCAAAAACUAUGCCGCCUUGAACGAAGGAGCCGGUGGCCAGAAACAGAGUCUGUUGAACAUUAUGAUGGAAUUGAAGAAGGCCAGCAACCACCCUUUCAUGUUCCCAAAUGCCGAAGCGAAGCUUCUCGAGGAUGUUUCGCGUCGGGAGGAUGUUUUACGCACCAUGAUCACAUGCAGUGGUAAAAUGAUGCUUCUUGAUCAGUUAUUGGCCAAACUCAGACGCGACGGCCAUCGAGUUCUUAUUUUUAGCCAAAUGGUGAAAAUGUUGGAUCUUUUGGGAGACUACUUGACCUUCAGAUCAUAUCCAUACCAAAGGCUUGACGGAACUAUUAGUGCCGCUAACCGUCGUAUAGCCAUGGAGCAUUUCAAUGCUCCAGGGAGUGCUGAUUUUGCCUUCCUUCUGUCGACCCGUGCUGGUGGUCUUGGGAUCAACCUAAUGACAGCUGACACUGUCAUUCUAUUUGAUUCUGAUUGGAAUCCGCAGGCCGAUCUUCAAGCGAUGGCUCGCGCACAUCGAAUUGGUCAAACCAAGCCCGUGAGCGUGUAUCGACUAGUGUCAAAAGAUACAAUUGAAGAAGAAGUGCUAGAACGCGCCCGAAACAAGCUGAUGCUGGAGUUCAUUACCAUUCAGCGUGGGCUGACAGAAAAGGACUCUCUUCCAGACAAGCACGCUCGUGCUGUUGGCGAGCCCACUGGUACGGAUGAAAUAUCACGCAUUCUUAAACGACGUGGACAACGCAUGUUCGAGCAAACAGGAAACCAGAAGAAGUUGGAGCAACUUGAUAUCGACUCGGUGCUCGCGAACGCGGAAGAACACAAGACGGAGCAAGCCGAAGGGCUAGAGGCUGAUGGAGGCGAGGAAUUCCUGAAGUCUUUUGAAUUCGUUGAUGUCAAGGUCGAUGAGAUGAGUUGGGACGAUAUAAUUCCCAAAGAAAAGCUCGAGGAGAUCAAAGCCGAAGAAAAGCGCAAGGAAGAUGACCGUUAUCUCAACGAGGUUAUCGAGCAGAAUCGUCCACGCAAACGCAAUGUCCCAACCGACGGCCGUGACGAGCGAGAAGAGAGGAAAGCCAAACGUCAUGCACGCGUUCAAGUCAACGCGGAGGCAGAUGGAUCUGAAUCUGAAUCGGAUGAUCCUAAACGUCCUCUGGUGGAGAAAGAACUUCGCCAUCUAGUGAGAGCUUUUCUACGAUACGGCGAUCUCGAGAAUCGUGAAGAUGAUAUAGUUCAAGAAGCUCGCCUUACGGGACGUGACAGGGAAACUGUCAAAACUGCACUCCUUGAGAUCACUACCAAGGCAUCAGAUCUUGUGAGAGAGGAUAGGCAGAAAUUUGCAGACAUGGAGAGAUCUGGUAAAAUACCCACCAAAAAGGAAAAGAAGGCCGUCUUAUUUGACCUUCACGGGGUCAAGCGUAUAAAUGCUCAUACUAUUGUCGAGCGACCCGAAGAAAUGCGCGUGCUUCGUGGGGCUACAGACGGAUUGGCUGAUUACAAGAGUUUCCGUAUACCGGAAGCAUCGAAAAAGGCGGAUUAUACUUGCUCUUGGGGCGCACGUGAAGACGGAAUGCUGUGUAUUGGUAUAGUGCGACAUGGGUAUGGCGCAUGGCCCGAAAUCCGUGAUGACCAGGACCUGGGACUUGGUGACAAAUUCUUUUUGGAAGAACACCGUGUCGACAAGAAAAACGAACGAGCAAAUACCGAAGAGAAAGGCACCAAAUCACCAGGAGCAGUACACCUAGUUCGUCGGGCGGACUAUCUCAUCUCAGUUCUACGUGAUAAAACUUCUAAUGGCAAUAACGUCGCUGCAAAGAGAGCAGUAGAAAACCACCACCGGAAUAGGAAACUUAGUUCCGCCCAGCGUCGACAAACUAGUGUUUCUGCAUCUCCAGCUCCCUCGAAUGGCCGCAAGGUUCGUCGCGAUUCCGAUCGGCGUCCCCACACAAACAAUUCGCGAGACAGCAUCGAGCGUUCUAAUACUCCAAGAACCGACCAUGUGCGAACCAAAACUAGCCUUCUCAAUGAUAAGAUUCGCAAACAUGGUGCAAAUGGAGUGCAUGAAGACCACGCUAGACCCCGGAGCGUCAGCAAUACCGCACCCAUCACCAUGGAAGAUUCCAUCUUUGAGCCCAAAGUCCAUCUUCUAGUGAAGCUCCGUGACGUGAAGAAGAACCAUCCCGAGAAAGAGGAACGAGCUAAUGAGAUGCGUCGGCUCAUCUUGAAGAUUGGCAAUUUUAUCAAACAACUUCUCCGUCAGGACAAUUAUCCUGGUCUAGAAAACCGACUUUGGGAUCAUGUCGCAAAAAACUGCUUCCCAGCUGGCAAGACCGAUCUUAAUUCACUGAAGAACAUGUACGAAAGGGUUGUGGACAAUAAUAGAAACACCACAACCAUUGCCAGAUAG